AUACCACUAUGGCGUGGCCUCAGCAGACUGCCUUCCAAUCCCGCCAUGCCACCCCCCGCAACCACGGCGCCCUCCCACUCCUCCGCUUUCGGCCCGCCCACCUCCGCACCCGCCUCGCGGCCCUCGCGCCGGGCCAAGCGGGGGGAGUUCGGCCGUCGGAUCGGGUUGAUCGGCGCGUGCGUCUUCCUGCUGCUGUGGCUCGCCACGUGGCUCCACGACGACUCUGACGCUAGCUUCAGAGAAUCUGGCCACGUGGUGACUCAGAGCGAUGACGGUGACGGUGAUGUGACUGUAGCGAGUACAACUCCGCAUUCCCCGCCGCGGUUCGUGCUCUACCGCAUGAUCGGCAAUGACAUUCCGCCACUGCAGUGCGCGGGGCAACUUUACGAGAACACGCUGUACGCGUUACAGCACGAGCCGAGGCGGCUGGCGGGGUGUCGGCGCGUGUGGGUGGUGAACAACGUGGUGAACGAGACGGCGGAGCGGCGGGUGGUGCGCGCACUCAAGGCGCACGGGUACGGCGACGAGGACAUCAUAGUGCGCAGGGUCAACUACACACACGUGGCGCAGCUGCCACACGACAAAUGGGGUGCAGCCGUGGCAGCGCAAAAUGAGGCGCGCAAUUCCAUGUUGGAGCACGGGCGGGCGGCAGGGGCGCGGUGGAUCCUGCCGUGGGAUGGCAACCAGUUCGUGACAAGGGAGGCGUGGCACCGCAUCGUGGCCGCGGCUGACCGCUAUGAGGCGCAGGGAAUCAGGGUGUUCAAGGUGGCGAUGGUGAAGGUGCAGUCUCUGCAGCAGCGUGCGUGGCUCAACGCCUCGUCUCUCUUCCGCCACAUCCGCCCGCACGCCCCCGGGCAGUGGGAGAGCCAGAUGGCUUUUCGCAACGACUCCUCCCACCACUUCAAGCAAGGAGUGGCGUACGGCAAGGCCAACAAGCUAGAGGCGCUCAUCCGCAUCUGCGGCUCUGGCUGCUACUGGCACUGGCCCGAGCUCCUUAAAGCCCUGCACCUGCUGCAGAAACCCCCCUCGUGGGCCCCGUGCCGAGAGUUCUUUGCUGACACAGGAGAGUGCGGCUGCCAGGCUGUCAUUGGCCGGGAUUACCAUGAGAGGAAAGUGUCGGUGCGCACGGCGCUGCAGUGCGGGUACUCCGUGCGGCUCUGGUACUACCCAUGCCCUGGCGUUGACAUUGAAAGGGCGUUUCGGAGCACGGCGUACAGGACAGAGCUGAGGGCACAGGGGAGAGAGCUGUUCCAGGAGCAGAUACGAGCAGCAAUGGCAAGGCAAGGGGUGGUGCCAGCGAUGGGGAAGGCUGAUGAUGGGGAACUAUGACUUGUCGAACAAGAUGCAAGAUGACUGAUGAUGACCGUCAGUAGCACCGUCUGAACCAGAAAUUAAGGCAUGCAGCCAGCCAGGCCCCCAGGUUUCAGAAAUUUACCCUGAUUUUCAGGUGUUUUUGUUAGCGUACAUAUUUGCAGUAGGCUAACUGGGUGCUUUGUGCUAGGGAGUACAGCACAAAUAUAGGAACCAUGUCCUGCAUGUGUCUCACUGUGACAUGGCAUCAGAGCUAGGUUAGGUCAUAGCCUCCGUGCUUCCGCCCUAUGGUCUCCCCGCUCCCCUCACCCUAGCCUGUCGCCCUAGCCUAUGCUCUGUGUCCUUCCCCCUCUUCUCGUACUCCGUUCCCACUCUCCUAGCCUUAUCAUCCGCCUCUCCUCACCCUCUGCUCCCUGCACGCUUUACCGACGGGAUGGGUGGACGUGUGCCUGUUCACUCCAUGUGUGCUCCACGUAGCCUAGGCUACUUGUCGCACCAGGUCUCAGGGGCUCCUGGCGGGUCUUAGAGUAGCGCGCCUCGCAAAUU